AUGAAUUUCCUGUCUUUUAAUAUUCGCGGUAUUGGGGGUUCGGAGAAGCCGGGUUGGGUGAAGAGUUUGAAAGUGAAGCACGGUAUCAAUUUUUUAGCACUUCAGGAAACAAAGAAGGAUGCGGUUGCUGUGUCGGAUCUUGUCGGGUUUUGGGGUAAUAAGAAUUUUGGGAUGGAUAGUGUGGGAUCGGUAGGUUUAUCGGGUGGUCUCGCUUGUUUAUGGGAUUCGUCUCUUUUUUGUCAGUCUGGUGGAACUAAGAAUAGGAAUUAUCUUCAUGGGGUUCUUGCUAAGAAGGAGUUGUGGGAUAAUCUUGUUCAUCUGAUUGAUAGUCACGACGGGGCAUGGGUGGUGUUGGGAGAUUUUAAUGCCGUGCGUUUUAGAGAGGAAAAAAGGAAUUGCUCGUUUAAGCAGACUUGUGCUAAUAACUUUAAUUCUUUUAUCUUGGAGGCUGGGUUGUUGGAAUAUAAUAUGCUCGGGAGAAGGUUUACUUAUUGCUCGGCUAGUGGGAGAAAAAUGAGUAAACUUGACAGAUUUCUAGUGAAUCAUAGUUUUUUUAAUGAAUGGCCCGAAGCGAGAGUAGAGGUCUUGCCUGGAUUCCUGUCGGACCAUUAUCCGAUAAUUUUAUGUUCGGUUGCUAAUAAUUUUGGUCCGAAGCCAUUUCGUAUUUUUGACUCAUGGAUUGGUUUGGCUGGUUUUGAGGAUGUGGUUGUUGGGGUGCUCAAUGGAGGAGAGGUUGAAAGUGGUCCUCCGGAUGUGGUUCUAUCGCGAAAGCUAGGGAUCCUUAGACUAAAAUUGAAGGAGUGGAGGGACGAUAUGCUAUUGAAAAACUCCGAGGUUACGAGGACAGCAUUGUCGGAUCUCGAAUCUUUGGAGGCUAUUUUGGAUACUAUAGAUUUGACGGAGGAGGAGGAAUGGAUUCUAUUGGAAAGUAAAAAGGUCCUUAAGGAAGAAGAAGAUAGAAAAAGCAGAGAUUUAAAACAAAGGUCCAGAGUUAGGUGGGCUAAGCACGGAGAUGAGAAUUCAAAGUUUUUUCAUUCAAUGGUUAAUUGUAGGAAAGCGUAG